AUGGACUACGUCAACCUCCAGAACGAAGAUGAGAUGCUUAUUGACGAACAAGUCAUGGACUUCGUCAACCUCCAGAAUGAAGAUGAGAUGCUUAUUGACGAACAUGAAUCCCAAAUCACUAAAACGGGAGAGAUGGACGACGUCAGCCUCAAUGACGAAGAGGCGAUCCUCGUUGACCAAGACGACUCAAACAAUGAUAUGGACUAA